GUGACAAGCAUGUGUUCUCGAAGCAGCAGCAGUAGUAGCAGCAGGACGUCCCGUGGGACCACUUCUGCCGUUUUGGUCCUUGGAGUAGUGCUCGUACUCCUGACAUUCGCCACGAAUCGAAGCCUUUGCAGUGUAGCACCACAUCCGGCCACUAUUAGCGUUACCUCCAGUGAAUCCACAACAAGCAGCAGCAGCACUAGUAGUAGUAGUAGUAGUAAUAGUAGUCCCACGCCCAGCGAUAGCAGCAACCUAACCGACCGAUCACAUCCACCCGACGUACCGGAUGGUACAACGUCACGCACAAAUCCAUCAUCAGCCGGCGGUACGGCGCGUAAGGAUACGGGCCAAAGUGAACAGCCACCCGAAGGACAGAUACCGCUGGAACGGUUGCCCUCCAACACGCUGCUCAAGUACACCGCCUACAAGGACGUCUCGAUACUGCACUUUCGCAUACCGACCGACACCCGUACAGCCUUCUUUAGCUUUAAGGCUUACGAGGAAUCCAAAGGUGCCUUCCAGCGCAACUGCAAACCGAACGAUAUUACGCUGCACCUGAAAGCGGGCAGCUAUCCGGUCAUCAGUCCGGAAAACAUCACAUUCCCCAAACACUUUCUAGACGCGGAGGAACGAUUCGAAAUCCACAGCCUACAGUUCAAGUCGGAUAGCACAACGCGCCGGCUAAGCAUUGAAGGUCCCCAUCCGGGCAACUGGUUCGCCGUGGCAUUCAUCAGCUGGACCGAUCCGAACAACGAGCGAAUAGAGCAGCAAGGUCUUGCUGCAUCGUGCGAAACUUUGCUGAUGUCGGAGAUGUCCGUCGCGAACGCUCAGCCACAGAUGCUUAAUGUGGACGUCCGUUACGAGGGUACGCUUGACGCUGAUCAGCCGGAACCGAAAUCGUUCAAGUUUUACGUCCCGAGCAACGUGUCGAUCGUUACGUGGCGCUUUACCAUCACGCAACCCUGCGCAAACUGUACCGACGUUAGCUUCCACGUGCAGGCGAGCGCACUGCCGACGGUGCGCAACUAUCUUCAGAAUGCCAUCAUCUGUCCAAACCAGACCGGUGACGUAAGCAUCGAUUUCUAUCCUCACGAAAGUGCCUGGCAUUACGUGGAUAUGGACUUUAUGCGUGAAAAUCCACCCAACGGUAGCGGUACGAUUGUGGCCGGGUUUCACGCCAACGACACGGCCGGAUUGGACGGUACGAAUCAAACCGAGGGCAGAAAGAUCGGGAAUGGUCCUACGAGCGUUCCUGAUCCGCAGCAAGCUUUAGUGUACACGGUGGAGUUACUCUAUCACACGCACGAUCAGACUGUCCCCGAGGCAGCGUCUACGUUGACUCCGUCCACCGAGGAAACGACCGCGGAAAGUGUCGAUUCUUCCGAUGAAAGUGAUACCCUGACAACAGACACCAAAUCACUGCCGAAUCGAAGCUUCGAUCGCUAUCCGGUACUGCGACAAACGUACCGAGAGUUCUUCAUGUUUGACUACGACCUACUGCCGGAUGUGAAUGGUACCGUUCCGGUUACGCUCAACCUUACUGCCGGCAUACCCGCCCUGAUGAAGUUCGACGUGAACGAUGUGUACGAUAUUGGCGGUACGCUUAGCUUUGCCGUUGCGAUGCGACAAGAUCUGAAGGGUAGUUUGAUCGAUGCACGGCACGAUUCGACCAACGAGCAUGCGGGUGUGGUGGCUGAAAAGCUGAUCGACAUACAGGAAGAGUUCGUACCGGAACUUCCGGCAGCGAUGACUACCACUACGACCACCACUACCACGUCCACCACCACCACCACGACAACGACGGUAGCACCGAGCAGCACUAUCGAAGCGGAUAAGGCAAAGCAAACCGCCGCAAAAGCCAACCAAACGGUUAUCGUGUGUUUGAGGCUCGAAGAACCGGGCAUUCCUACCUGGCCCGACAAGUGUGUGUACGGACGGCACAUCUAUCCAGCCGCAAUCGUUAUCAACAACACGGACGCGGACACAAACACUGGGCUCGUGCAUGUCCCGUUCCCCGAGCCGGGCAGUUGGUACGUCACGCUGGGACUCUUCUGUCACGGAUCGGAAGCAACUGCCCGAUCGACAAUCAUCGAUAGCGUUAAGGACUUUGUGCGCUCGUACCGUUCCACACUGGAAACGAUGCAGCCACCAUGUUCGUGCACUGAUCGACUAAGCUACUACCGUAGCUGUCUGGCGGAUGACACGUGCCUGAAUGCGCUCAACGAAACCGAAACGCUCAAGAUCAAGGAAUGCAUCAUGGAUGCCAAAUGUACAGGAAGUCGGUCGGAUGAGAUGGCGCGCAAGUUUGAGCUGCACCACAAGUACGCAACGGAACAGAGCGUGCAGGGUGGGGUCGCCGAUACUACGUGUAAUUCCAGCGUAGUCUUCACGAUCUCCUCGAGCCCGUGUGUUGCGGGACGGUGUGGACGAUUCGGACGAUGCUACCACUACAUGUCGGGUGGGUUCGUGUUUUCGACGUGUCUCUGUCUCCGGAACUACCGUGGCUGGGACUGUACCGAAGACUCACAGGUACCGUCGAGCGCCUCCAUCCUGCUCGCCUCCCUCAUGCUGACGCUCUCCAAUCUCCUCUUUCUGCCGAGCAUCUUUUACGCCGUCAAGCGCGGCUACCACAGUGAAGCGAUCAUCUACUUCUUCGCCAUGUUCUUCUCGGCGUUCUACCAUGCGUGCGAUUCGGGCGAAGAGGAGUUUAGCUUCUGUUUGGUGAAGAUCGGUGUACUACAGUUCUGUGACUUUUACUGCGGUCUGCUUGCGAUCUGGGUAACGCUGAUCGCUAUGUCCAACAUUCGGCAUCAGUUCGUGUCACUGCUGCACAUGCUCGGUGCGAUCCUGCUAGCGUUCGGGACGGAGCUGAACAAGCAAUCGCUCUGGGUGUUUCUAGCACCGGCCCUCACCGGUAUCUGUCUUAUCUCGGUCAGCUGGGGAUUACGCUGCCGGAAGACGAAACGAUGCUUUCCGGCACGAAGCUAUCUGGCACUGUAUCUACCGAUCGGUAGCGUUCUCGUAAUGGUAGGACUGGUGUGUUUCGCGUUUCUUCAGACAAAACAAAACUAUCACAUCGUCCAUUCGAUCUGGCACAUGGUGAUGGCAUUGAGCAUUCUCUGCCUGCUACCGGACCGGAAAACGUUCCACCCAAAGUGCUAGCAUACGGUGAGAAUCUACCUGCUCAAUUCGGGCUCACCCUCCACGUCGACACAGUCCCAAUCGUCCAGCUCGAUGUCGACGUCCUCCACCACGUCGUCCUGCUCGACAGCGGCAACUGCGGCCGCCACCAACACCACAAGC